GUUUUUAUUUUGGAUGACCGCUAAGAGCUUAACUUUUAUGGCUUAAUAAAUAAAUAUAGAAAUUAUUUAACUUCUCUACUUUAUUUCAAUCAAAUCUAAUUGAAUAAUUUGUUAUCGUGUUCAUACCGGGAUAUAAAUACGGGUCUGAAAUAACAGGAGCUUUAUAUUGUAAGCGCGUUUUUAGACGUGAUCACACCAUGGUUCAAUUUUUCGUGCCCUUGGCAUUCGCUUUCAUGGCCUCUCCGAUUUAUCAUUUGGAUUAUAAGAGCGAUAGAGAAAGACAACUGACUGAUUCGACGACAGAAUGUAUAAAAACAACAGCAGAUUUGAAAUGCAAAGCCAUUGGAUCUCAAAAAACACGGUGCGCUUUUAAUAAUCUUCAGAUUGGCACCUCUGUCAAGUCUGAAGACCCAAAAAUUGAUUCUACUUUGGAAGAGAAUGCCAAGAUGUCCUGGGGUUGUACUAAAAGUUAUUUUUGUCAACCGUUUGAAAUCGUAUUCAAUGAGACGGGAGUCGCAUCACUUGUGAUGAGUAACAGAUUGAAGAAUGACCGGAUUUCAGCGAUCUGGGACAUCGCUAACCAGAUGAAUUUCUUGUGGAUUCAAAAUUUAAUUUCCAAUAAGACUAGUAUCCAGGAAGUGACGACUUAUGGAGAGUGCACGGCUGAAAUAAAAACAGAAGAAUCAAAUAAUGAUGAAAGACCUGAUCGUAAUACUCCUUUAUUCGAAACUGGUAAUUUUGUGAAAUCGGGUAUGGUUACAAAUUUUAAAAAAAUAAGAGACGUUGACUCGUGUUCAAAAGGAAAAUCUAAAGUUUCUGAUGCAGGCAACAGUUCAUUGAAAUCCUUUGUCCAUACUGUCAGUAUUUCGGAGUAUAAAUUUAAGUCUUGUACAGAAAAUGAAGUUCAGCUUUCGUUUACCGACAAAUCAUUGUCUGAUAAAUACAAAAAUUGUCUUUCUGUUGAUAGAAUCGAAACGUCAUCUUCAAUUAGCAAGCUACCUGAGAUCGAUUAUUCUGCUUAUGUUUCAGUUCCAUUUCUAUCAGCAUAGUUAUUAAUUUAAAUAAAAUAAAUAUAAAAUGAUUCUCUUCUACUGCAGUGUCAUCAUGACUUUUACUAAAAAUUUAUUGAUGAUACAUUUCUUAUUGAAUUAAAUAUGAAAUAAUCUAUUAGUCAUUACUUUAAUUUAAUGUUCAAAAAAUAAUAAUGUGUCUAAUAAAUAAUUAAGUUUAAAAAUA